CCCGCCGCCUUCGGCCGGGCUACCCACGCCGUGGUGCGGGCGCUGCCCGAGUCCCUCGUCCAGCACGCGCUGAGGAGCGCCAAGGGCGAGGAGGUGGAUUUCGCCCGCGCCGAGCGGCAGCACCAGCUCUACGUGGGCGUGCUGGGCAGCAAGCUGGGGCUGCAGGUGGUGGAGCUGCCGGCCGACGAGAGCCUCCCAGACUGCGUGUUCGUGGAGGACGUGGCCGUCGUGUGCGAGGAGACAGCCCUCAUCACCCGGCCCGGGGCGCCGAGCCGGAGGAAGGAGGUCGACAUGAUGAAAGAAGCAUUAGAAAAACUUCAGCUCAACAUAGUAGAGAUGAAAGAUGAAAAUGCAACCUUAGAUGGCGGAGAUGUCUUAUUCACAGGCAGAGAAUUUUUUGUGGGCCUUUCCAAAAGGACAAACCAACGAGGUGCUGAAAUCUUGGCUGAUACUUUUAAGGACUAUGCUGUAUCCACAGUCCCUGUGGCUGAUACUUUGCACCUGAAGAGUUUCUGCAGCAUGGCUGGGCCUAACCUGAUUGCAAUUGGGUCUAGUGAAUCUGCCCAGAAGGCCCUCAAGAUCAUGCAACAGAUGAGUGACCACCGCUAUGACAAACUCACUGUGCCUGAUGACAUGGCUGCAAACUGUAUAUAUCUAAAUAUCCCCAGCAAAGGGCACGUCUUGCUGCACCGAACCCCAGAAGAGUAUCCAGAAAGUGCAAAGGUUUAUGAGAAACUGAAGGACCACAUGCUGAUCCCUGUGAGCAAUUCUGAACUGGAAAAGGUGGACGGACUGCUCACCUGCUCCUCGGUUUUUAUUAACAAGAAGGUGGACUCUUGAGCCCAAGUCCUUCCCUGGUAGCCGGCAAGACUGCACAGGCAAGGCCCACGACUCUGUCCCCACUCCUGUUGUUUUCCUUGACAAUCUACUGUGCCACUGUGCUACUAACUCUUGUUUACAAAAAUUUAAUUCUACGUUUAAUUGUUUUACUCUGUACCCCCACCCUCCCUCCCUCACGGUGGUACCUAAACUGUGGAUUUGCUAAAUGAAUUCAGCAACCUAGAAAAUAUAGAGCUAAUGAAUCAUUGAAAUGUGAUUACUAAUAGUAAGGAAACACUCAUUUUAGUGUUUGUAUGUUAUCAAUGUGAAAAUCGUUUAGUUGCCAAUAUAUUCUGAAGAAUGUCUUCUUGAUCAGUCAGAUAAGCUGGAUUUUUUUUUUUUUCCUCUAUAUCAUGAAUCAUGUUUGGUUUGGUUCCUGUAAAAUUCCCUGGCCCGAGGACCCUUCCCCCUUACUCUAAUUUUCUUCAGAACUCUGAAAACUUUCUAUCCAGUCACUUUUUUUUUUUUCUUGCCUUUUUCCCUUCUAUCAUGGCCUCCUUGACCUGGGGUAAAAGUCAAGGUCUUGCCUUCUGAAUACCUUCCUGCAGGUCCCAAUGUCUGCCAUUGGUGUCCUCUGCCUCACAGCUACAUCUGCUGUCCCCAAACCUCCCUCUCACUCCAAGGGCAAGCAGGCACCUCAGAGGAACUGUGACCCACAUGGGAACAACUGUUUGGGAGAGUGUUAGCUACAUGGACAAGGUUGCCCCGGAGAUCUGAAUUCCACAAGAAGUAGGUCACCACACCUAGGAAGGGAAAUUCACCCCCAGAUAGUUGCUAAGGGAUCUCAAAUCAAGGAGCUUGGAAACAGCCACAGAUAACCAUGGUGGAAAGCCUCUAAAUCACAUUCUAUGAGUUUUUCUUCAUUACUGGCCAUAUUUGACUUUGGAGGAAAGCCUUUUCUUCCCUUCAGCUCAUUUCUGUUUCCCUUACCCUGACUCACCCUAUUUCCAGCCUUCUACCCCUUGCAGUUACCCUGGUCUAGUAAAAUGAUUUCUUUCAAAAGAAAAUCGUGUCUAUAAUUAGUGUGAGCCAAAGGAAACAGCACCUCACAGUCAAGGAGCACAACCAGCUUCAGACAAUGGACAAUUCUACUUUUAACGUAGCUGUGAACAUUGACUAUGGAAUUCAAUUAAAAUGCCUUUCUCCACCAGCCUUCAAGUUACACAACUUUCAACUGAUGCAAAGGUCUCUUACAAAGAACAAUGCUGCUGUGAAGGAAGAGCUCAUUCUUUUGCUUAAAGCCAAUCGGCCUAUUAGCGGGCCAGAGAAUGGUACUUUCCAAGGAAUGACUGAUCCAGGCAUGUUAUCAAACUUCCCAAUCAUCCCCACCUUUCCUGUAUUGCCUCUGGCUUGUCAUUUCAGAUUAAGAAUCAGGGAGAUUAAGAAUACUACUGCAAGCUACACUCUGCUCACCUCUCUGUCAUCAAACAUUCCUUAUGUUGAUGAUCAAGAGAAAAUUGCCUUUGUUCAUUUCAUCUCCCCCUUAGCGCACAGAAGUGAGAACCACUGAGAAAAUCCAGAUAUAUUUAACCACUAUCUUUUUCAUUUAUUUUAUAAUUUUAUAAGUUUGAAGAAAUUCCUUGUUGCUUACUUUAAAUUCAUAUCACAUGCCAAUAUGUGCACCUGUGAAUGAACAAGAUCUUGGUCACUGUCAAAUUUCAAAGCACCUCAUCAUGGAUGAAUAAUACAUUUUUACCAGAGAAAGUGAAUGUUAGUCACAUGCCCAAGUUAAUAAAGAGAACUUGUUCUCAGCAGUUACGGUUGCCCUUUCAGGUGAAAUCUGGAUGACUCCAGCAGAAACAGAAAUUCUCCCUGUGAGGGCUCAGCAUCUCAAAAACAACCACAGUGAAAAUAGCCCAAUCAGCCAGUUCAGGCUGACUGGCAUAGAAUUUUCAAUUCCCUUUCUUCUAUCAUUCCAAAUUAAGGAAUCACUCUCUAUAGGUUUAGACAAUUGCAAGUGAAUAGAUUAUCCUUUUCUUUGCAAAAAGCUGUUCAUGUUUCUUUCCUUUGCUUCUUUCUCUCUUUUUUUUCCUCAUUGUCUCAAGAAAUCACUUAGACUCUGUGUGCCUCUUCUACUUAUUCUGCCCUGCUGUCUCACCUACUGGGCCGGCUUCUUUGGACUCCCUGUGAUAUGAAGACAAGAAAGCUGGAAGUACUUGCAGCAUAGUAGUAUUACUUCCUUGAUGUUCUCAUUUGGCAUCAUGUUAUCUCUGCAAAGGAACCAUGCCUGUCACAUAGGUCCCCCUCUUGUGCAUUGUGACUUAUAAGGCUAGAUGAACUAACAGAAACUGCUUCGUGACAUUACAUAGAUAAGAGGAGUUAUAUUUAAGUACAAGUUACGUCAGAAAUACUUGGUCGACAUGAUCCAAUGUAAUAAGAAAACCAUAUAGAGAAACUACAUUACUUAGCAUUAUUUCUUUAACUAGGAUGGAGCACUGUAGAAAUCAGCAGGCAGAUUCCGUUCAUGUGUAUUGAUUGAUCUUUUAAGCUACUGUGAACAGAUGACUAAGGUCACUUCUUCUUCUCUAAGGGGGAAAAUAGUCUGUAGAUGAACAGUAUGACAUAUAGAGUUGCAUGUUAGUCUUUGAAAUUAUUUUCUCUUUAACAUUCUACAGAAUUCACAUAUAAUUUCAACAUGGUGUUAUAAUCAUGCAUUUUAUUUUCCUGACCAUCUCGUUCCAGCCAAUGUAUGGUUACCCACUCUGUGUGCCAAAACCAGUAAUGACUUUCAUGGCCCGUUAGUCCAGAGGAGUCCUGCACUGAUUUUUGUCUCCUGUUGUCCCAAUCCUACAUGUAUUACGAAUCACGAUGGAAUAAAGUGUGAGUUGUUCUGUGAUCAA